CCCAAAACAAUCUGAACCCUGCAUCGCUCCCAACCCUUAAAGGCAGUUCGGACGGCUGGAUGGCAAGAUUGGCGUCUACCCAUGUACAUUGGGAUACUAACACUCCUUUAAAAUUAUAUCUUGGCGAGAGAGAUGGAAUAAAAAUUGUAUAUCCUGUCCGGUACUAUUUUUUCUCCUCAAGUGAUAGAGGGAAUAAAGUCUCUUGUCCAUGGCUCACAGCACCUCGAAGCUCACGCCAUAGCCAUCCAUUAUCGCCACCGGGCCUUCGCAUCUACUCGAGUCUUCCCUUCAUUGGGCGCAAUCUGUCACCAGUGCUGCUACCCUUUUCAGUUCUCAGCAGAAAGAAACAAGGACAUCAAGUUACACUGCACAGCUAUGGAAGAACCAGAGGAAGUAACAUUUCAGUUUUUACGAGAAAUUACAGAUGAUUUCUCGAAGGAGCGGAAAGUUGGGGAAGGAACAUUUGGAACAGUUUACAAGGGAGUGACUACAAAUGGCAAUGAUGUUGCUGUAAAGAUAUUUAAAGAUCGCACUUCGGAUCUUGAUGACAGGCAAUUUCGAAAUGAGUUUUAUAAUCUCACGAAGGUAAAACAUAAAAACAUUGUACGGGUUCUUGGUUAUUGCUAUGAAACAAAGCAAACACGUAUAGAGUACAACGGAAAAACAGUACUUGCUGAGGAGACACAGAAAGCACUCUGCUUUGAGUUUUUGGGCAAUGGUACCCUAGAAAAUCAUCUUUUUGAGGAAUCUUGUGGCCAUGAGUGGGAUAUGCGGUACAAUAUUAUUAAAGGGACAUGUGAAGGUUUAAAAUAUCUUCAUAAGGACAGGGGAGAAUCUCUAUUACACUUAGACCUAAAACCUGCCAACAUACUACUAGAUGAGAACAUGGUGCCAAAGAUUGCAGACUUUGGUUUAUCCAAGAUCUUUAGUGACCAACUACCAAGGACCACACAAAGUCCUUUAGGAACACUUGGGUUCCAGCCAGUAGAAUUCAUCCACGGAGGUAAAAUAUCAGAAAAAUUCGACAUAUUCAGCUUGGGUGGUAUAAUAAUAAGGAUAGUGUCAGGACCAGACGGCCACUCCAAAUAUGUAGACGCGCCGGCAGAAUUUAUUGAUCAGGUCCUGAGAAACUGGAGGAAGAGAUGGGAGAAAUACAGUAAUGGUUCCUUACUUGAAGCAUGGUUCCGCCAAGUAGAGACAUGCACCCAGAUAGCAUUGAACUGCUUGGAGGAUGACAGCCAAAAAAGGCCAGAUAUUGUCAAGAUUAUCGAUGAGUUAAGUAAGAUAGAAGCCAUCAAUAACGAGGUAAUCAACCUGCAGGCUCCCAAGGAAAGAAACAAAACAACAGAGCACAGUGAGAUGAAGCCGACAAAGGAAUAUAAGGUGACCACUGAUCAACACCAGCAUUCAAAUUUUAUUUCAAGUUCUAGCAGCAGUGAGAAAGAAUCUGACAAUCCACAGGAAACAUCAUUCCAUGUUGGAGAAGAACUAAUUGUAGGAAGAGAAGGGAAUAAGGAAAAGAUGGCUUCUUUACUUGGGAGCAUGUCAGAGAAGAUCAUAAUCUUUCCUGUAUAUGGUAUUGGAGGAAUUGGCAAGACAACCUUUGCGAGACUAAUUUACAAUGAUACAAAUUUCAAAUAUUAUUCUCAGGCUUGGGUCUAUGUGUCCCCGAGAUUUGACUUGUGUAAAAUUGGUAACUCUAUAAUUUCACAGCUAUCUGGAAAGGAGAACCAAGCAAAUGAACUACAUUUAAUAAAGAAUUGCCUCACCAAACUAAUUGCUGGUAAGAAUAUUCUGAUUGUCUUAGAUGAUCUUUGGGAGAAUAAUAGAGUUCGACUAAUGGAUUUGAAGGAUAUGCUAAAUCCUGGUGACAGCAGCAAAACAGUUGUCUUAGUAACUACACGCAGUGAAGAUAUCGCGAGGACAAUUUGCAGUAACAUUGAACCAUAUAAGAUUGAAGCCCUGACGGAUGAAAUGUGCUGGGAUAUAAUUAAACAAAAAAGUGGUUUUCAAGCUAGACAUGACAAAGAAAAGUUGGUGGGUAUAGGAAAAGAGAUUGCCCGGAAGUGUGGAGGUGUGGCCUUAGCAGCUCAAACUCUUGGAUCCAUAUUGCAGUCCAGGAAAUAUGCGGAAUGGGAGAAAGUGAUGAACAGUGAAAUCUGGAAUGAAACGUUUUCAAGGGACGCAUCUUUGCCAAAUCAUGUUCUUGCGUCCUUGAAAUUAAGUUAUGUGCAUAUGGAUGACUGCUUGAAGUCAUGCUUUACCUAUUGUGCAAUAUUUCCAAAGGGUUAUAAGAUUGUUAAACGCGAUCUAAUCCACCAAUGGAUUUCUUUGGAUUUCAUAAAGCAAACAUUACUGUCCUCCACUAUGGAGCUCUGUGAGAAGUAUAUUGUGAACCUCCUGGGAAUGUCUUUUCUUCAACAUGCAAUGUCACCAACGACUUAUAGAGCGUAUGGUGAACAUGACACAGUGUUCACGAUGCAUGAUCUGGUGCAUGACUUGGCAACCACACUCCUCGGUGAAGAAAUUCUGGACCAGAGUAAACAAGGCUACACUGGGGGGAGCAGCUGCCGCUUUGCAUUGCUCACUGACUGUAGCAAGCCACUGGAGUCAAGCACGACUUCUCUUGCCAUGCUAAGGGCACUGCGUUUUAUGGACUGUCGGGAUUGUGAGGUACAUGGAUCUGCAUUUUGUGCUGCCAACUCCCUUCGAGUGUUGGAUUUAAGCGAGUGCUUCAUAAACAAGUUGCCAGAUUCUAUUGGUCGAAUGAAGCAGUUGAGGUACAUUAAUGCUCCAAAGAUCAAGGACCGAAUGAUUCCAGAAUGCAUCACAACGCUCUCAAAGUUAAGGUUCCUCAGUCUUCGCGGGUCUUGUUUCAUCCUAGCAUUACCAGAUUCGAUUGGAGAAAUUCAAGAUCUGGUGCAUCUUGAUUUAUCUGGUUGCUCGGGCAUAGAAGAACUGCCAGAAUCAUUUGGUGACCUUAAAAGUUUGGAGCAUUUGGAUUUUGCAAAUUGUCAAGAUGUCAUAGGAGUAUCACAAUGCCUGGCUAGAUUUACAAAACUGCAAUACUUGAACUUAUCUAACUGUGAAAAUGUUGGACAGCUACCAAAAGCAUUGGGCAGUCUCACAGAAUUGCAAUACUUGAACUUAUCCAAAAGCUCAUACCUUUUAGGAAACGAACUUGACGAGGCAGAGUUUUUGGGCUCCCUGACCAAACUCAAAUAUCUGAACCUAUCUGCAGGGAAAGAGGUGGACAUAAUGAGGUUGCCUGAAGCUUUAGGUAGCCUCACUGAACUCAAGUACUUGAACUUAUCACGUCAAUAUAGGCUGAGAAAAUUGCCUACAUCAUUUGGGAAUCUCUGUAACCUGGUGCACCUUGACUUGUCAAGAUGUUAUUAUCUUCGAGAUGUGUCAGCAGCUCUCAAUGGGUUAACCAAGCUCCAAUAUUUGGAUUUAUAUGCGUGCUCCUCUCUUGCACGUGGCAUGGAAGGGCUACAAGAAGUUUUUGGUAAUCUCAGUGAACUUCGACAUUUGAAUUUUGGCAACAUUUAUCAGAGUCUUCUCUAUCCAGAUGAAAUAAAUGUUCUCCUGGAGCGGAUCUGUACUCUCACUAAUCUUGAGUAUCUGAAUCUUUCUCAAAAUGAUACAAUGUCCAGCAUACCUGAAACUCUUUGUAACCUCAAGAAGUUACAUACACUAGACCUUUCGGGGUGCCGAAGUCUGCGUAGGCUGCCAGUAAGUAUAUCUGAAAUGCACAGCUUGAAGUUUGUAUACAGGAGCGGUAACUUGGGUUGGUCCACGCUACCUCAGUACAAUACUGUUGAUGGUGAAUGCUUUGUGUGCGAGUAUGACGAAGCUGAUUCUUUGGAGAUAAGAAGGCUUCAAAAUGUGAAGUCGGUAGAAGAGUUACAGGCAAUGAAGCUCGUGGAGAAGACACAUAUUAGAAGCUUAAGUUUAGAAUGGACAGGAGCUGUGAGUAGAUUUGUGGAGGACGCAGAAGUUCUGAGGGAACUAGUGCCACCACACAGUGUUUCAUUCUUCUGCCUACAAGGUUAUAAUAGCAUCAGUUUUCCAUCCUGGGUUAUGCGCAUUGGUGCUUAUUUACCUGGUCUGACCACUAUGGAAAUGAACAACUUGCCCAGAUGUGGUAGCCUGCCAACACUUGGUCAGUUACCAAACCUUCAGAACCUGCGUAUCAUACAAAUGCACAGGAUUAAGAAGAUUGACGUGCACCUGUACGGGGGGUCAAGAGCAUUUCCUCGACUUGAGAAGUUCACCAUAGAUGAUAUGAAAUGCCUAGAAGAGUGGGACACGGAGGACGGUUUGAAUGAGCCCCCAUUCCCAUGCCUCAGUUCUGUAGAGAUAAAACGCUGCCCAAGGUUGAGGAUCAAACCACAUCUGCCACGAAGUAUAAGCAAGUUGAGGGUACACAGUAGUGACAAAGUAAUGUUGUCGUCACGGGGGAACAGAGGCCUCUUUCUCUCAAGUCUUCACGUGGAAUGCUGCAUGGUGCCUCUGGGUCACUGGAGCUUGCUUCGCCACCUCCGUUCCCUCGAACAUUUAGAGAUUGCAGAAUGCAGCGACAUUACAUGCUGCUCAACGGAUUUCCUUCAAGGUCUCACGUCCCUGACUGUGAGAGGUAAAGAAAAGUACCUCACUGGGGGUGGUCACGAAAACUUCUUGCUGCCUGUCCUGACGCUGCCGAACUGGCUGGGAGACCUUACCUCUCUCACAAAACUUAAGAUAAGUGACUACAAGUUUGUCAUGGUUCUGCCAGGCACCAUACAAAAACUCACCCACCUGCAAACUCUAAUUUGCACGAGAAUGUUUUCGCUGCCGGAGUGGUUGGGAGACCUCAGAUCUCUCACGAGACUUGGGCUAGAUCAGUGCUGGCGCAUCGAGACUCUGCCAGACAGCAUACAACUACUUACCUGCCUGCAAACUCUAGAAGUGAAAUUUUGUGGAAGCAUGGUAUCGCUGCCAGAGUAUUUGGGAGACCUUACAUCUCUCAUGGAACUUAAUAUAAUAUACUGCAGUCGCAUCGAGACUCUGCCAGUCAGCAUACAACAACUCACUCGCCUGCAGACUCUAGAAUUGAUCAGUUGCAAAAGCAUGGUUUCUCUGCCGGAGACGUUAGGAGACCUAAUUUCUCUUACAACACUUCGGAUAAUUGAUUGCGAGGGCAUCAAGUCUCUGCCAGUCAGCAUACAACAACUCACUCGCCUGCAGACUCUAUGUGUGAGCAGUUGCAAGGGCAUGGUUUCUCUGCCGGAGACGUUAGGAGACCUCAUUUCUCUUACAAGCCUUUGGAUAGAUAAUUGCAGGGGCAUCAAGUCUCUGCCAGGCACCAUACAGAAACUCACCAGUUUGCAGCACCUAAUGAUUGAUGGAUGCCCUGAACUAGUUCAGUGGUGCGAAUUGGAGGAGAACAAGAUGAAGCUCGCUCAUAUUAUAGACAAGGACUUUUGACGGAGACUGCCAAUUGAUGAUGAGUCAGAAACUGAUGAAGAAUCAGGAAGUGGUCAUGAAGAUCCAGUAAUUGAUGAAGAGCCGGAAAGUGGUGUAGAGCAAGAAACUGGGUCAGAAACUGAUGAAGAAUCAGAAAGUGAUAAAGAUCCAGUAAUAGAUGAAGAAUCAGAAAAUAAGGAAGAACUAAAAACUGGAUUAGAAGGUGAUGAAGAGUCAGAAAGUGACCGAAGUGUCAGGAAGUGGCAAAGAGUUGGAUAACGAGGACUUCGAGAGUGAUCGGGGGGAAACAUAAUCCAAGUGCUGCAAUGCAUAGUUCAGAAAGUGUCUUUUCUGGGGAAGUCAAAGAGGAGCCCCCUACUUAAAUUUUAUUAAGACAGGAAUGCAGUUGUACAUCAGCAAAAAAAAAAGAAAUGAAACAAUAUUUUUGAAAAAGAUAAUAAAGAGGAUAAAAGAAGGAAAAAGAGACAAAACUGACAAAGUCCUAUUGUAGUUUCCUGUGUCCGUUGUUGAACCCAAUGUAUCAGAUUGUCUCUUCUCUUACUUGUUAUUGUUCUGUUUCCUGCAAGA